GGGCAAUCGGAAUCCAACAUGACUUUCUUUAUCUAAUAAGCAAACGAAGUGCAUUUAUUUAUAGUUAAAUUAAUUAUUAAGAUUAUUCCAUACCGUGAUGAACAUUCGCCGCGACAACUGUGUUGUGAAACUAGUGGUCUAUUACUCGGUUAUCCAUGCUUUUGGUGUUAUGUUUUUGGGACUACAAUUUGACAUUUCCUCAUAACCUCAAACUGUAAUAGUAAAUAAAUAAGUUCAAAGUAAGAGUAACCAACAAAAUGAACGCGGAAGGUGUAAUGGUGUCAUACAACUACUCAGAAGACGAGGAAGACGCAAACAUACUGACGGUUUCAGCAUCAGGCAUAAAGUUCUCCAACCGCUGGGUCCUCACGCAUGGGUCCAUACUAUCGCCAUUGAAACAAGCCCGUAUAAUACAAAAUGCUAAAGGAAAACCUAUAUUGAGCGAGGAGUUCUACAACAAUCUACCAGAAAUAUAUGUGACUUGCGAGAAGACAAAGAAAAAUGAUGGGAAUUUGUAUGACGCGGUCGAGCAGCUGAGCAGAGAGAGGCAUGUGGACGGAGACGAUUUUGAACACAGCAGUUAUCAGAUCAGGGUUCUUACAGGCAGGAUAUGUCACGUAUGGCAGUGUCCAAUACUGGAUCGGUGCGUGGACGAUAUUCUGUACAGUUGGACCAUCGGCCAUCGCGACGGGGACGUUCAGGCGCAGACGCAGCUAGGGAAGGCGCUGCUGUCAGUAUUUGUGCUUGUCGACUUGGAGAGCGAUAACAGAGCACUUAAAACGUUGAGACCGCUAUCAGAGUUGCUGGACAUCGUACGACCACCACCACAGAGAGGGUCAACAAUCGAGAUUCAUUCCACACCUUUCGGUUGUGAGGCGUUUUUAAAUGCAGUCACUCGAGGCUCUAUAUGCGGUGUGGUGGGCAAGAAGCCUUCGUUACUGCUCGCUGACGCGGCAACAGCACUCGGCUCGGAAGGUGGGCCCGUGUUCACAGAAGGACCGACGAACGAACUAAUAGGUACAGUGGUAUGCAGCGUAUCAUGGUGGCGCGGGGAAUGGGUGGGGUUGACGUUGGCUGCGCCGCUGGUUUCUGUGUUAGCGGCCAAGCUUAGAGUCACGCCGCAGAGAGUGCCGAGACCUUUGACGUCAAACCCUAACAGCGACAUAUUAGAUCGCGUCGACAAAACGACAGUUCUGGUACGGUGUGGGUCAGCGUGGGGCGCGGGCGUGUGGCUGGGCGCCGGCCUGUUGCUGACCGCCGCGCACGUCGUGCGAAACUACACAGGCAGUAAAGUAUCCAUAUUCUGCGGUGGUGUGAAAGAGACAGCUAUAGUCCGCUACAAGACGACUGACGACCGCGCGUUUGACCUCGCCGUACUGUACACUAACCCCGAACAGUGGCGCCAUCUGAAACCAGCUGUAUUCGCUGAUCAACCGGCCGAGAAAGGUGAGUCAGUAUUAGCCGCUGGUUAUCCGUACUUCAACGAGAAGAACCUGGAAGACCUAAGGCCCACGGUGACUUCAGGACAUAUCAACACCGUCUCCCCUUCCAUGCUGCAGACCUCGUGCUGCAUACAAUCAGGGUUCAGUGGAGGGCCCAUUUUCCGACUCAACAAGAACUCAGUAGAAGUGCUGGGUAUCAUAGUGAGCAACACCAAAACUCAUUCGGGCGCGUGCUACCCGUACAUCAACAUGGCCGUGCCCGCGACGGCCUUCAAGGGAUUACUACACGAAUUCGCUCUAGAUAAAGAUACAACUAAACUCAAGGCAAUGGAAAACAAUAAGGACAUCGUACAGUCGCAGUGGCGACUAAUGCCGUAUAGAUCUAAGAUUUAAAGUCAUUUUAGCUGUAGUUAUAGAAAACAUAGAGUUAUAAGAAUAGAGUGGGUAAGGCGGCUCUAAAAGUGUCCGUCUAGUAGAAAGAGAAAGAAGAUGAGAGAUGGCUAGCCUUUCUCUCUUUAAUCGCGAAUGCGCAUUGGAUGAAAAACCUACGGAUGAAUACCGACCAAUCACACGACUGC